CAUUUGUGAUGUGGGACGUGCAGUGGGCCAAUGGGCUUCGCAGUAUUCUCGUUCGCCGCAGUUGGGACUGGGCGGGCAAGCCUGUGCGGUGUUGUUGUGGCGACACAUCUGUCCCCAACCUGCUCUUGCGCUAGCGCCUCUGGUGCUGUUUUCAGCAGCUGUCAAUGCUGCUACGUCUGCGGCGGCGGGGGGCGGUGUGUACGACAGCAGCUGUACGACAGCAUCAGCGUGUUCGCCGCCACAGCCAUUGCAGCAGUGAACCCGGAUUCUCAGCCAGUUGGGUGGGACAACGGCGGGCCCGGCCUGCGCAGCCACCCGGCGGGCUCGGCCUGCGCAGCUCCGCGGGUGGGGUCCGCGGUAGCAGCAGUAGCAUCAGCACCAGCCGCAGCAGCCUGGCCCUCCGAGGCCUCGGCAGCAGCAGCUACAGCGGCAGCGCCGCGCCGUCGCCGACGGGCGCGAGCAGCAGCCUGCUGUCCUUUCCCCACCGCGCGGUUGUCCUGGACCACCAGUUCCGGCGGCCACGUGUUCGUCGUCCGCGACUUGAGCGGAGACAACAUGCUGGGCCCCAACGCAGGCGGCAGUAGCAGCAGCGUGGUGUCAGCCAGUGCUGGUGGUGGCAGCUCCAGGAGCGCCGCCGCCGUCUUCGACGUGCCCGUCGUUGACUCCGGCACCUUCGCUCACAUCACGCCGCUCCUGCACCUGCUUCACGACUUCAAGCUGACCUCGAGAGGCGACAGCGGCGCCGCCGCCUCUGGUCACGACAGCGGCACACACACCACCGCCGCGCCUUCGGGCAGCGGCGGACCCAGCUCCAGCAGCAGCGCCAGCGCCGGUUCCAGCAGCAGCCACCCGGCGGGCGCGGCCUGCGCAGCCACCCGGCUGCUGCGGCCGGCGCUGCCACCUCGGCGGCUGCCGACCGCGCUACCUCAUGGCGGCUGCGGGCGGUGCUGCCAUCUCGGGCGGGUGCCGACCGCGCUGCCUCAUGGCGGCUGCGGGCGGCGCUGCCACCUCCGGCGGCUGCCGACCGCGCUGCCUCAUGGCGGCUGCGGGCGGCGCUGCCACCUCGGCGGCUGCCGACCGCGCUGCCUCAUGGCGGCUGCGGGCGGUGCUGCCAUCUCGUGUGGCAUGGCGUUGCCACGCGCGUCGCAUUCGUGUGCACGCGAUGCGGUGUGAUAGCUUGUGUGCCGUCUCAGGUCAGCCGGGGACCUGGAGCCGCAGCAAGCCUCCUUCGCAGAUCAUGUUCUUACGAUCUAUAAUCGUACUUUAUGAACGUAUGCCAGUGGCGCGCGCGAAAGGAACUGGUGCAGCUGGUUUUCGUGGGUUUGGUCUAGAGCGCUAGAGUAGUAUGUAAAGCGCAUCUGAUAUCCAUGGGACGUACGAGAUAUACCGCACACGAGCACACAGGCCUGCAAUAAAAUGGGCCUGUGAAUGCUACACAAUGCUCCCCUCCGAGCCUAAAUGCAAGGGUGUGGGAAAUGGUAAGGUAGGUGGUACAAAAGAAACGCUAUGCUGCACGAGCUUGCUAGCAUUACUGCUAUUGAUGGUAUGGCAUGCGUGGUGUGAUAGAGUGUGGAUCUGCGGAAUGCAAGUGUGUUGUUUGAGCGAAGUACAGGAGUGCGGAGAAGUCAGCCCUUGGUUGUCAGCCGUUCGAGUUCUAGCAGAGUGACAGCACUUUGAGAGGUCGUCCCGUCAUUCAAGGCUGUCCUAAGAUAGUGAUGCGUGCUGAGCCCCUUGGAGGGGUGGAAACACGCGGGCUGCAGCGGCUUUGUCUUUACUAAGGGUAGUACGUUAGUCUUUGCUUGAGUGUGCGUGCCGCGAGCUCGUGGCAGCGGCUGCUUGUCGUAACUGCAAGAAGUGACGCUGGCUUGCUCAGCCCCAGUGGGUACGCAUGGUACGGGUAAUUAGGUUGGUCCCGAGUAGUAAGGCCUCCCCCGAGGAAUCGGAGGGGUCCAGGAGUCGUACGGGUGUAAAGCAGGGGGGGGGCAAGUCCCCUGGUGUAAAGCUGUGUAAAGUCCUUGGGCC